CACCGCCUAAUCAAAACCGCCAUGAUUGGACCUGCCUUACACGAUCGGUUCCAGGAAUAGCUGUCAAUUGUAUCGUAGGCAAUCGGUACCUUGGUCACAAUCGCAGUUUUUUCGAGACGACGACGAAGCAAUAACUGCGUGCUGGUCCUCACUUUUCGUUUGCAGUAGUUUGCUAUUACAACACCGCUGGCAAGAUGGCUCUAAGCGAUGCAGAUGUUCAGAAACAGAUCAAGCACAUGAUGGCCUUCAUCGAGCAGGAGGCCAACGAGAAGGCGGAAGAAAUCGAUGCGAAAGCCGAAGAAGAGUUUAACAUCGAGAAGGGCCGUCUGGUGCAGCAGCAGCGUCUGAAGAUCAUGGAGUACUACGAAAAGAAGGAAAAGCAGGUCGAGCUGCAGAAGAAGAUCCAAUCUUCUAACAUGCUGAACCAGGCCCGCCUGAAGGUGCUGAAGGUACGCGAAGACCAUGUAUCCAGCGUGCUCGAGGAGUGCCGUCGUCGUCUCGGCGAAGUAACGAAGGAUUCGACCCGCUACGGGGAGAUCCUGACUGCCCUCAUCACUCAAGGAUUGCUCCAGUUGAUGGAAGCCCGUGUGCUUAUCCGUGGCCGUCAAGUGGACGCUCAAGUCAUCCAGAACAUCCUGCCGGCGGCUGUCGAAUCGUACAAGUCCAAGUGUGGGCGUGAUGUGGUGGUCACUUUGGACACGGAGUCCUUCCUACCGGCCGACACGACUGGCGGUGUUGAUCUACUGGCACAGUCGGGACGCAUCAAGGUGUCCAACACGCUUGAGUCGCGGCUGGAGCUGAUUGCCCAGCAGUUGGUACCGGAGAUCCGUAAUGCGCUGUUCGGACGCAACAUGAACCGCAAGUUCAACGAUUAAGAAGAGCAAUCCUGGUUGAUAUGGUGCUGCUGCAUGCAAGCAGCAGAUCCAAUGCCACCAUCACUUCAACGACAACAACAACACCGUCGGCCGAUGGUGAUGGAAUGGUAUACAUCCAGAACGCACGUAAAAUCCACCAUCCAUUCUUAUACAUAUACAUAUAGAUAUCCUUGUUUCCGCAUGCAAAUAGCAGGUUCUAUAAAGUUUACUUAUACUACUGGAUCGUAGAAUGGUGUGGGUACAUUUAAACACCGUACUCGGGGGGGCGUUAAGCUCACCGACCAAGAGCGUAUGAUCGAAUGGGCCAAUCUUGCUUGCGUUCCAUCGCGUUUUGCGUGAUGAUCACCUUCCUUCCCUCUACAUGAGGAAAACAACUUAAUUAUAUUUGUUGAAUCUUGUGCUUAUAUCUGGUGCUGAAUGCCUUAGACAUCUUGGCGAUAGUCAGCUAUCGUUCCGCCCAUCUGGAACAAAUGGAAGAAUCAUUUCGCGCGCCAUUCGAUCCCGAGGGAACACUGCCCAACUUGAAUUCCCUUGCUUUUGGACGAUAGGACAAUUUCAAAGUUUAUCGCAACCCUUCACACCAUUUCAAAUUUCAAACACACACACACACACACACACACAAGGAUGCAGAAAUGUAGGUUCUAGGUUUUAAACGGAAAUGUUCGUUCACAAAGAAGAAACAAAAAUUGUUGCUACAUAUUAUAAUUGUUUUAAUUGAUGUUUUGUUUAUUUUCCCUUUUUUCGAUUGUGCCCUGCAUCGGCGGGCAUCCGUAUUUGCGUAGCACAGCUUGCAAAGUCCGUCAGAUGUUAGCGGUAUCUGAUCUAUCCUAUGUAUGUUGCAAAUAUUUUCUACCCGUUUACGAAACUAUACUAUUUUUCCAUUGUAAGAUUUUAAGUAAACCCAGCGUCUCUGCUCUAGCCGGUGCCGAUGGCAGGUGCACUUUUGCUUCGUGCCGUUUCCUUCGUUGCAAUAAUUUGUCUAAGGACUACACCUACCCGGGAACAAUGGGUCGAAACCAUCCGGCCCAACGUGCUUGCUAAAGCGGAAACAAUCGCUUUUUAAAAUACAUUCCUUUAGAAAUGAUCGCACACCUGAAAAGCGGCAGACAGAACCACGGUUGUUUGCAAGUUCGAUUACAAAACCACCAGCCUUAUAACACCCUUGGGAAGAAGUGGUUUCCUUUCGCUUUCUUUCGCUGCUACAUACUAGAGUCAAAUUUUGCGGUAGAUAAAGAUUACUCACUUGCUCGACGGGAUUGUGUCUAACCGUGUGUAAAAGUAAAUUUGUAUGCGUUAAAGCUCACCACCCCUAGAACAAAAAGAAAACAUCAUCAAUCAAUACUUACAUUCGUCCGUCCGAUUCGAUGCAUUUACACUCGAAUCCGUACCAACAGCAUCUUGCUUCGCUAACAUCAAAUUUCGAUUUGCUGCUAGUUCGAAGCAAUGGUAAGGAAAUCGGUGUGGUGUAUGUCUCUGUACGAUCGAAUAAGGGGGAGUACGAUGGGGCUGGGAGUCGAAACGUGUGUGUGUGUGUGUCUAUCUGUACAAUUAAGAUCAUAGUGAGUCGGUCUGUUGGUUGGAGAGAAAAAUAUAUACGAGUGUUGUGUCUUCAGAUUUGAUCGUUGUUUUUCAUUGAUAAAAUCGAACAUUUUAGCAAACAACGUUUGUUCUUCGCAUUAGCGUGUUGCCCUUACUUACUCCAACAACGGCCAGAACAGCAUGGUUCGGUAGAAGGAGUUGGUACAAGCUAAAAGCGCACAUCGUCAUUCACCGUAUCAGGGCUAGAGCAUGGGACGUUAUUAAGAAAUAAAAACAAAAUAUAUGUAUAUUGGAAAGAAGUAGACCUUAAUAUAAUGGAACAAAUAGGAGCAAACAAAAAAUGAAGCAAAAAAAAACAGAAAUAACAGAAAGUAUAUAUAUACACACACACACAUAAUUAUAGGUAUGAAUAGAUAUUGUUGUAAACGGCGAGUAACGAAACUUAGUUAAUGCGUAAACCGUUUAAUCACUAGGAGAAACAUGAACACAAGGCGAGGCUCGAACUUUCGUGCAUUUUGCCGUAACAUAACAGCAAACAACCGGCAAAAUGAAUAGCAAAUCCCAAACAGAUUAUCAAAAGGGGGCUGGUAGCAUGGAACAAAGGGCAGAUAUUCAAUUCAACAUGAUUUACUGUGCAACAUGAUCAUGGUAGAGAAGAUCAGCAUUAUUCAAAUAGAAACAACAACUUUAAAGAUUAUUUCACACACAGGCAGAACGUAUCAGCAAAAGUCCCGGAUAACAGCUUGUUUGAGGGAGAGAAACAAACUUUUCCACACGAACCGCAGGAGAGUGCUCUUGGUAGUGUUUAGGGGUUUGCCGAGGACAGCAUCCUCUAUCGUCUAUCCAGUGUGUGCUAGCGUCGGUAAAUGUCGAGUCCUUAAAUUCUGCAUUGGAAGUGAAUUAUGAUGUGCAUGUAAAACAUUCGUGAAUAAAUACACAACACGCCACGGUAUGGGAUGUACAAUCCAA